CACAGAUCAAAUCACUGUUGGUCUUAUGCUGCAGGUAUAUAAAAGCAGAGUAGCACAGCAUCCUCAGCACAACAUCUUCCUACCGAUACCUGAACAUUGGACAGGAGAGUUUAACCAUGCGUGAAUGUAUCUCCAUACACGUGGGCCAAGCUGGGGCUCAGAUUGGUAAUGCAUGCUGGGAGCUGUACUGUCUGGAACAUGGGAUCCAGCCAGAUGGACAGAUGCCCUCGGAGAAGGCUGCUGGAGCAGGAGAUGACUCGUUCAACACCUUUUUCAGUGAGACAGGAGCAGGAAAGCAUGUUCCCAGAGCCAUCUUUGUCGACCUGGAGCCUACUGUCAUCGAUGAGGUGCGUACAGGAACGUACCGUCAGCUGUUCCACCCUGAACAGAUGAUCACAGGAAAGGAGGAUGCUGCCAACAACUACGCUCGCGGUCACUACACCAUCGGCAAAGAGAUCAUCGAUAUUGUUUUAGACAGGACUCGCAAACUGGCUGAUCAGUGCACUGGCCUGCAGGGCUUCCUGAUCUUCCACUCUUUUGGUGGAGGCACCGGCUCUGGUUUCACCUCCCUGCUCAUGGAGAGGCUCUCAGUUGAUUAUGGCAAAAAGUCUAAGCUAGAGUUUGCUAUCUACCCAGCACCCCAGGUUUCCACAGCUGUAGUGGAGCCUUACAACUCCAUCCUGACCACCCACACCACCUUGGAGCACUCUGACUGUGCCUUCAUGGUAGACAACGAGGCCAUCUAUGACAUCUGCCGCAGAAACCUCGACAUUGAGAGACCAACCUACACCAACCUGAACAGGCUCAUUGGCCAGAUUGUGUCUUCAAUCACGGCUUCUCUUCGCUUCGAUGGAGCCCUGAAUGUUGAUCUGACAGAGUUCCAGACCAACUUGGUGCCCUACCCUCGUAUCCACUUCCCUCUGGCCACCUACGCCCCGGUCAUCUCAGCUGAGAAAGCCUACCACGAGCAGAUGUCUGUUGCUGACAUCACCAACACCUGUUUUGAGCCAGCCAAUCAGAUGGUGAAGUGUGAUCCACGUCAUGGCAAAUAUAUGGCCUGUUGUCUGCUGUAUCGUGGUGAUGUGGUGCCCAAAGAUGUCAACUCUGCUAUCGCUGCCAUCAAGACCAAACGUAGCAUCCAGUUCGUGGACUGGUGUCCUACAGGCUUCAAGGUGGGUAUCAACUACCAGCCUCCAACUGUGGUUCCUGGUGGAGACCUGGCCAAGGUGCAGAGAGCUGUGUGCAUGCUGAGCAACACCACAGCCAUCGCUGAGGCCUGGGCCAGGCUUGACCACAAGUUUGACCUCAUGUACGCCAAGAGAGCCUUUGUCCACUGGUAUGUUGGAGAGGGAAUGGAGGAAGGAGAAUUUGCAGAGGCCAGAGAAGACCUGGCAGCCCUGGAGAAGGAUUAUGAAGAAGUGGGCACCGACAGCGUAGGAGACGAAGAUGAUGGGCAGGAAUACUAAAUUUCCUAAAAAGUGCAUUUAAACCAAAGUCAACCGAUUUGUUUUAUUUUUGGGAAUGGGGAUUACAGUUUUUUUUUGUGGUGAAGAAAGAUGUAUCAAGUCUAUUAUUGAAUCAUCAAAACUACAAUAUAGUUGGGCUUUUUUUUUCAGUCAUUAAAACAAUAUGUUAAAAUUCAAAAAACACUGCAUGAUAGAUAAACUACUAACAUAUUCUUACUGUGACACAUAUUCUAAAACAAGCAUAAAUUUAAAAGCUUAACAUCUUACAACUUGAAAAUACGAGGACACACAUCUAAAAGCAUUGAGUUUUCUUACAAAGCAAAAAAAAAAACAUCUUGCUUCGACGUUUAAAGAUCCUUUCUGUCAGGCUGAGAAACUGAGACCAAACCCUUUCUUUUGUGCACCUCCCCCCACUAUCCUCUCCCAUGAGGAAUGUAAGUUAUGAAAGGGCUCUUAUGUCAGUUUCUAUAUACCAUUCAGCUGUGACUCUGAGAGACAGAGACCAAAUCACUGACAAAGUCAGUGACUAGUGUUGUUUAUGUAGCUCAUACUCAGACAGUGGCCUGCAGCAACAAUAGGAUCCCAGUUCAGCGAUGUAUGAAUCACCGCCCUGUGAUCCUAACGGGGCAGCUGAAGAAGUUGUACCAGAGAAAAAGUAGAAAACCGGCCUCCAUCUUUGGUUUGUCUUUGAAUCUUUCUCAUUUCAGUAGUAGUAGUUGCCACUGUCCUGUAUCAUUUUAUGUUAUUUGGGUCACUUCAGUGUAUUGUAAGAACUGUCUGUUUACUUUUUCUGCCAGUAAAUUAUUUGUCUUUUACAUUUGAUGAUGAAAAUAAAAAAUUUCACCAUUUCCCCCUAA